AUGUCAGAGAUAUACUGGGGUAUCCGUCUAUAUGAGCUUGCCCGAGGGGCUGGUGUUAUACAUUCCCUCUACGCUGGUCUUGAGUACGCCUCAAGGCUAGGUAACUUUGACCCCAAAUACCGAACUGGUCGUCUGGAUGGCAAGGGGAAGCCCUUCCCAAAUCCAGAAGACCUGAGCACACUGGUAUUUACCGUCCCUCUCGGAGAUGCAAAAUGUCCCCUCAUCUACCUUGAAGAUUAUGGGCCGUAUGCAAGGUGGCUUUUUGACUAUCCUGCCAGAAGUAGCGGCCUGGAGUUGCACGUUGCAACGGAGGACAUCGCUUGGAAGGAUCUCGCUACUGCGUUUACCGAAGUGACUGGUCGGAAAGCAGUAUACAAGGAUGUCAGCCUUGAUGAGUACUUCUCUCUCCCGAUAUUUCCUUACCCAGACAACAAAGUUGGGCAUUCAGCAAACCGCAAUGAUCCAGCUCUCAUCACGUUCAGAGAGAAUUUCUCCGGGUUUUGGAAUACCUGGGAGGCUGAGUUGACAAAGUGUGACUACAAGCUUCUGGAUGAGAUCUUGCAAACAAGGGUGAAAAUUGUGAAGGAGUGGAUGAAGAAGACAGGGUACAAUGGUAAACGAUCUUCGCUCCUUAAGGACCAUCGUGAAGGGGGUCGGAAGUCGAGCUCCAGAUGCCAACUAAUGGGGUCGGCCUCUGAAAACAUGGAUUUCUUAUGA